AUGUUGCUAGGAGGUCAUGAAGACACACAGGAAACGAAUUACACACAGGGAACUGUGGCAUCAUCACACAGCCAGGGAACUGUGGCCUCACCCCACAGCCAGGGAACUGUAGACACAGGGAACUGUGGCGUCACCACACAGCCAGGGAACUGUGGCAUCACCACACAGCCAGGGAACUGUGGCAUCACCACACAGCCAGGGAACUGUGGCAUCACCACACAGCCAGGGAACUGUGGCAUCACCACACAGCCAGGGAACUGUGGCAUCACCACACAGCCAGGGAACUGUGGCAUCACCACACAGCCAGGGAACUGUGGCAUCACCACACAGCCAGGGAACUGUGGCAUCACCACACAGCCAGGGAACUGUGGCAUCACCACACAGCCAGGGAACUGUGGCAUCACCACACAGCCAGGGAACUGUGGCAUCACCACACAGCCAGGGAACUGUGGCAUCACCACACAGCCAGGGAACUGUGGCAUCACCACACAGCCAGGGAACUGUGGCAUCACCACACAGCCAGGGAACUGUGGCAUCACCACACAGCCAGGGAACUGUGGCAUCACCACACAGCCAGGGAACUGUGGCAUCACCACACAGCCAGGGAACUGUGGCAUCACCACACAGCCAGGGAACUGUGGCAUCACCACACAGCCAGGGAACUGUGGCAUCACCACACAGCCAGGGAGCUAUAGACCGCCAGGGAGCUGUGGCAUCACCACACAGCCAGGGAGCUGCAGACGACCAGGGAGCAUCAGAAACUGA